GUAUGUGGGUCCCAGCUGGACAAGCACUAGGUGGAUACGGCCCCCCGCCUCCAGGCCGAGGCGCCCCGCCGCCGCCGCCCCCGUUUACCUCGUACAUCGUCUCAACACCUCCAGGAGGCUUCCCGCCCCCGCAGGGAUUCCCGCAGGGAUACGGCACCCCUCCGCCCUUCAGCUUCAGCUACGGUGCUCCACCUCCUCCGCCCGACCAGUUUGCCCCGCCGGGCGUCCCUCCUCCGCCGGCCACCCCUGGGGCCGCCCCCCUCGCCUUCCCGCCGCCGCCACCACCAUCUCAGCCAACUCAGGACAUGAGCAAACCACCGACCGGCCAGCCAGAAUUCCCCUACAACCAGUUUGGAUACGGGCAAGACUUGAGCGGCUUCGGCCAGGCCUUCGCCGACCCCGGGCAGCAAGCUCCGCAGCAGCAGCAGGGGCAGCCGCAGCCCCCUUCCUACGGAGGCCCCUCGGUCCCUCCGUCGGGUGGCCCUCCGGCCGGAGGCAGCGCUUUUGGCCGCGGGCCCAACCACAACGUCCAGGGCUUCCACCCCUACCGGCGCUAGGGUCGCAAUCCGUGGGGAGCGCUGCCCCGAAACCCACGAACUUGUGACAAUCACCUACCAUAUUUGGGGGGGGGGGGAGGGAAGAGGAGGAGGCUGCAACUGGGAGUUGUAGUCCGCCUCCCAGUCGCACCCAGACCCCUCUCAAAACAACGAGGCGGCGAAGUUAUUUUCUACGCAGAGCCCUCCUCUCCUUCCUCCCCUCCUCGAUCAAUCCAUCUUUCGAUCCAUCAGCACAAAUAAUAAUAAUAAUAAUAAUAAAAGAGCAGCGUCACUGGUUCGAAACUACAGGGUUUUUUUCGGAGGGGCGGGGGAAAACAACACCCAUCAGCUUUAAUUAUUAACAACAACAAACAACAACAACAGGUUUCUUUUGUCUCUUAUUCCAUCCCUACCUCCCCGCGAGCCUUUUUGUUUUACCAUUAUAUUGUAAACUUUUAUGUUCAAAAAAAAAAAAAAGAAGAAGAAGAAUAUAUAUAUAUACCUUUACAGAUUGUGAGAUUUUUAAGAGCAAAUUUUCUACGACGACGUGUGCCGGGUUAUUUUUUUUAAUUUAAAAUAAUAAUAAAAAACAAGAGAGAGAUAGAAAAGGGAGGGGGGUCUGAACAACGCAAAAACAGGGUUUCCAUUCGCACUGCUUGAGAAAAAAAGAGGGAACGAAAGAAGAAGAAGAAAAAAAAAGGAGAACUGCAUGUUGUUUUGUUACUGGUUUCGGCCCCGGUUUGAAAAAGCGGUCACUUCCAAAAGCACAGUGUUUCAAGCUGGAGCUUUUCAGUUCUUUGAAAAUAAAAUUUAAAUAUAUAUAUAUA